AUGCCGUGUCCGCAGCCUGACGAUCCCGCGCCUCAGGCAGCCGCCACCGCACCCGAGCCUGCCCGGGCGACGGUGUGUGUGCGCUGCAAGGCGAACCCGGCCGUGGCCAUCUUCCGCGACUCGAUCUACUGCCAAUCCUGCGGUCUGGCUGUAUUUGACCAAAAGGCCAAGUCUGGUCUCGAAUUUGCACGUGGAGCUGGUCUGGCAAAGUAUGUCGCCGCCGAGAAGGCCAUGGCCGCCGCCAAGCACCCGUCUCCGGAUGAGCCGUCUGCAUCGUCGGAUGCUCCCGAACAGCAGGCCACGCGGUCCUCGAAAGCGAUCAUCAACGGCGCCGGCAAUGCCGAAGUCAACGUCUCAGCCAACAUUGCCAUUGCACUGUCGGGGGGUCCAAGCUCUCGAGCCCUGCUCAGAACAGCGACGCAGUACUUUCGCCCAGAAUCCUCGUCCGCCGCCCGCCGCAGCAAGGGCCGUGGAGCGAAGAACGAUGGCCAAGACGCUGCUUCUGCCUCCGCUUCUGCAGAAAGCGGUCGUAGGAAGAAUGUGAAUGCGAAUGGGAAUGCUAACGGGCGCUUCAACGAGAUCGGCAAGAUCUUCGUCUUCUAUAUCGACGUCAGCGCCGUCGUUCCAGGCGAUGCUCAAGACCGCACCGAAUCGAUGCGCAGCAUUGUCGAGCAGGAAGGCUGUCCCGACUUGCACUUUGUCCCGCUCAAGAUCGAAGAUAUCUAUCGCCAGUCCGACAGCGAGGGCAGCGCAGAAGGAAUUCCCUGGAAGACACUUGACAGCGAUGCCCAGCUGCUCUCUCGCGCGUCGGCGCCGGUGAGCGACCCGAGACAGGCGAUCAAGGCCCUCUUCUCCGCCCUCCACCCGUCCACUCUCCCGCGCACCGCGGCGUCUUCGGCGCGAACACGGCUCGAAGACCUGCACCGCGUCCUCAUUCAAUCGCUUCUACGCCGCGCAGCACGCCAGUACGACUGUGCCGCGCUGUUGCUCGGCGACAGUGCGACGCGCAUCUCGAUCCGGCUUAUCGAGGAUCUCGCCAAGGGUGCGGGUCACAAGCUCGCGGUUCAGGGCAGCGACGCCGCGUGGAUCGACGACACGCUUGUCGUCCGACCUCUCAAAUCCCAUCUCAUGCAGGAAGUGCUCUUCUACACCUCGGCGCUUGGUCUCGAAUCGCUCGAGACCGAGCAGCAUAUUGUGCCACCGCUCGUGUCUACAGCCGACAUCCUGGCGAAUCGCGACGCCAACGUGCCUACGAUGGACAAGAGCUCCAUCGCACGCCUCACCGAAACCUUCAUCCUCAACCUCGAAAAGGGCGUGCCUAGCACCGUGUCGACGAUCGGCAAGACUGGCAGCAAGCUCGUCCUCAAUCCGACUUCGGAACGGGCUGGUGCCGAGGGUCCAGCGCACUCGACGAGCGCGUUCCAGCACGUUGGUCCGAGUGUCUCACUGCGUUCGCGGGACGCGACGGGCAAGAUGAGCGCACUGACCUUGAACGAGGCGCCAGAGCCACGUAUUGGAUCGAGAGGUAUCAAGCUGGCUCAGGCCAGUGCUGGGUGUUUCAGAUGGACUACGCAGGCAGGUUGUGCACUGUGUGGCAUGCCGUCACAGCAAGGCGCAAGGCAUUGGAAACGCAACAUCACCAUUUCCAGCCUCGCGGAAACCGCACCCACCCAGCCCCAAGAAGGCACACAAGACGCAGAAUGGAUUGAGCUUUCGGAUCAUCUCUGCUACGCAUGCCUGCUGGUCCUUGCUAUCCCUACUUCCAACAUCGCAGUCGAGGAACUGCCCUUGCUCCCUGCAUACGUCCUCGAACACAUCAUUCGCUCUCAGGACGCAACCAAUGCGGGAGUGCAUGCGCCGGAGCACGAACACGAAGUUCUUCACAGUGCCAAGUCCUCGCAGGAUCCAGCUCUCAACGGCCACAAUGCACACUGCGCCAGCACUACCCCGCUCCAGCCCCUCAAUAGAGCCGAGAUCAAGGCACAGAUCAACGACUUUCUUCUUCCCGAUGCCUGA